AUGCCGACUCAAGGCCAAAACAAACGCCCUACCACCGACGAGCGACCUGCAAAACGAUCUCGAGUCUCACGUGCUUGCGAUCAAUGUCGAACAGCUCGGGAAAAGUGCGAUGGCACUCAGCCGUCCUGUUUGACGUGCUCCGCCUCUAGUAGGGCGUGCACAUACACGGCCCCACCCAAGAAAAGAGGCAUUCAGCCAGGGUAUAUCCGAACCCUGGAACUAGCUUUGACGUGGCUAUUCCAGAACACAGAUUGCGAAGCUGUGCUCAACAAAAAGCUUGUGCAAGAAGGGACCUCUUCAAUCUUCUUAGGUCGCGAUACGAAAGAAUCAAAUAGACUACAUAAGAGCUGGAGGAAAAGCAAGUUUUGCAAAGACGUAGACAAGCUACUGUCUGGGGAGCAAAUCGUUCCUGGCGAUGACCCAUCUCCCCAAAGUGACGAGGAAGAUAGCGAGCCCGAAGGAGAGCAGCCCGGGCUACAAGAUCAACUUUCUGUCCUGCCACCUGAUGACGAGAUUUCACCUAGCGCACACUUCGCCUCUCCUCAAAUACCGCUUCCUAUCCAGCAAAGCAUUCUAUACCCACACAAGGCUGCUGAGGUUCCAACUUUAUUCCACCAGCAACUGGUAAGCGCAACGCCUCUGCCAGGCAGUACAUGGCGGUUGUUGGAAGUCUAUUUCGCUUACACACAAUCAUGGCUCCCGAUUUGUGAAAAACACGACAUGUUACGGGUUUCCUACUCUUAUCCAGAAGCUGGCCUAGUGCUUUCAGACAGCAAUCUUUCCGACCAUGGUGAUCAUGCAGAGUUGUGGAGCGUCCUGGCUGUAGCAGCCCAUCAAGAGAGAAUAUCAACCCAGGAGCAAGAGCGCGACAUAAUUCAAGACCCCGCGAGGCUGUAUAGUGUGGCACGAAGCUUGAUCCCGACGGAGUCUGGCUCAUUUGCCGUCGGUCAUGUUAGAGCUCUCCUGAAUCUUGCGGUGGUGAGCCUCGCCUCAGGAAACACAGAGGUGGCUUGGCUGUUGGUGGGCUCCGCUUCAAGGAUCCUCACCGUGAUCGAAAGGUCAUCACAGACACUCCCCACUCGAUGGAAGCACCUUCUGGCCGGUUGCUUCAUGCUGGACAGCUUCCUCUCGCUGAAAUUGCAACGGCGUCCGUACCUCCUCAAAUCUGAUGCCAUCAGAUCAGGGCCUAUCGAAGAGGAUGGAAUUGAAGAAUGGCAGCCUUGGAACCCUCCGCUCAACAGCUCUUCUAGCCUCUUCUCAAGAACGCCUGCUCUGGGUCUUAGUAGCUUCAACAAGCUCACGGAUAUCGUGGAAGUACUCAAUAUGUGCUGCCUCGAAGGGACUACAGGCCCACAACAUUCCCCUCAGAAUAUUUUGCACCAGCUUGAAUCAUGGAAGGCUUCAUUGUCGACAAAAUUUAGCUACAUCGGCGACGAAUUGAAAGCCACGCCUCUGAACCCUCCGGCGAUAUUGCUCCAGCUUACCUAUCUUUCCUGCGUGGCAUCGCUACUCACAUCUCCCACCCACAUCCAACGCAUGUCGGAGAUACUCACACAAUACGUGGCUCAGCUUGGAAUCGCGGCCGUGCCGCCCAUCAUCCUUUGUCUGCUUGCGCACGUACAGACGAAUGGGAUGUUCAGUACGCUGGAUCCAAGGCUAAAGUCAUCUGUUCGUAGACACGAGGCCGAUAUCAUACGAGCGUGGUCCACCACACAGAUCCAAAGAUCGGCGCCUACACCUAUCGUUGCUGCGCAAAAUAGAUCUACUUACCAAAUACCCACCCCGGAAUCAAUCCAAGUGCCCUUCAACUCAGCAUACCCCCAGCUGGAAAAUUCGUCACGUAGCGGUCGGCAUAGAGGAAGCGCGUCUCUUCUCGAUGAUCUACUUCCGGACAUGAAUCCUACUAUCCCAACAAGCCAUCGUCCAGCUCCACAACAAGAUUUCAGGGUGCCGUCAGCUGACGAAGAUCCUCGGCGGCCAUCAUUACGCCAUCGCAAUUCGGCAGCAUCAAGAGAUCUAGAGACAUUCUUCGAUGAGCUAGCCUCAUUGGACGGUGCUGAGAUGGUGGAUAACCAGCCACAGUUCAUGCAAAAUCUGGGUUUCGCGCCCGAUGCAAACAUGGCUGAUUUUCUCGCUCUCGAACUCGGACAGUAUAUCCCAGCGAAUUCGAGCACAUUCAUGCCGCAAAGUAACGACCCGGCACACCUGGACCCAGUAUUCUUUGAUGGAACUUGA